UAAAGGCUCUCACUCACAUACUUCUAAAGAAACUGAUGCAAAAUACACUUAUCGCUGUAGCUGUCUCUCAUAUAGACACAUGCACACAACCCAGUUCUCAGGAUGCCUAAGAUAUGGGCUUUUAUUACGGAUUUCUUCACCUACGGGACGACCAAGUCGGUGGUGGUGAAGAGCAGGUCUGUUGGAAUCAUCAACCGCGUCGUACAACUACUCAUCAUCAUCUACUUCCUAUGUUGGGUCUUUUAUCACGAAAAGGCGUACCAGGUGAGAGACUCGGGCAUCGAGUCUUCGGUCAUGACCAAGGUGAAGGGCUUCGGUUACCAUAACAACCGUGUGAUGGAUGUGGCGGACUAUGUCGCCCCUACACAGGGUACUGCAGUGUUCUGCAUCAUCACCAAGCUCAUCAUCACAGAGAACCAGUUCCAAGGAUUCUGCCCGGAGAGUGAAAGCAAGUACAAGUGUGACACGGAUGAAGAGUGCGACAAGUAUUUGGGGAGCUCCACUGGAAACGGAAUAAUAACUGGUGCCUGUGUGAACUCCUCUAAAGGACGAUACUGUGAGAUGCAGGGUUGGUGCCUUGCAGAGGACGACAAAGUCCACAUGCAACCAAUGAUGGAAGUGGAAAACUUCACCAUCUUCAUCAAGAACAGUAUCCGCUUCCCUAUGUUCAACGUUACCAGAGGGAACUUCCCAUCAUCCCUGAAUGCGACUUAUAUCAGGAGCUGUACGUAUGACCCGGAGCACAACCUCCACUGUCCCAUCUUCAAGGUGGGAGAAGUGCUGCGCUACACAGGACAGAACUUCUCCACCAUCGCUCAGACAGGUGGAGAGAUUGCGAUCAACAUUGAAUGGCAGUGUAAUCUGGAUGAGUCAGAAGAGAGAUGUGAACCACACUACUCCUUUACGCGGCUUGAUGCUGUGUUUCAGAAGAAUGGCAUCGCUAAGGGAUACAACUUCAGAUUUGCCAAAUAUUACAAAAAUGAGAAUGGGACGGAGUUCCGCACUCUCCACAAGGCCUACGCCAUCCGCUUUGACAUCCUAGUCACUGGCCUCGCAGGGAAGUUCAACACAGUUCCUACUCUGAUCAACGUAGUGGCAGCCUUUACCUCCAUGGGAUUGGGUACGGUCCUCUGUGACAUCAUUCUUCUGAACUUCCUGAAGGGGGCAGACCAAUACAAAGCCAAGAAAUUUGAGGAGGUCUCUGAGUCACAGAUACAGAUAUUACUCUCUCUCAGCCAGCUGUCAAUCCAACCAGAGGAGAAGAUUUCAGACGACUCGGGAACUGUCUCCCUCUGCCUGGACCAGCAGCUUUGAGUGGUUUGAGGCAGGGUUUGUUAGAAGUUAAUAGGGAUUUAUUUGUAUUUCUUUUUUUUAAUCUCCUAGUAGUACAGAAUUAGGCAAACCAUGAUUGAUGGCACACUCCAUCACAGUAGGUGGCAGCGUGCACCUUAACAUUUUGUUUGAGGACUGCCAUUAUACCGAAGAAGAAGGAGGAGAAGAAGAAGAAGAAGAAAAAGAAGCUUUGAGUGACAGUCCACAUCAACCCAACGGCAUAGUGGAAGUUCCUGCCACACUUCCUUAGUUCAUCAGCAGCUGUUGAUAUGUUCCAUGUUCAUGUGGGUGAAGCAGUGGUGAUUUUAGCAUGUAAAUCUUGGUGGGGCAAACUCCCCAAAUUGUUUUUAGAUGCAUGCCAGCAAAGACACUACACAACACUAAACAAUACAUGAAUUACACUAUAACGGCGACAAGCGGUGCCCACAAACUGUUAGGGCCUACAUAAAGCUGUCCCAACAGCAGAGCUUUCUUUCCAGCACAAUGGAGUGAAUCCUUACCACCACUACACCUGCCUAUCAGCGGAGCCUUGUCUGGCAACGAAACAAUUCAUUCAGCCUUGUUUACUGCCUUUUUAAAAAACAUAGCUGAUAAAACAAAUGUGGUUUCUACUGACAAUUAAGACGUCCAAACUAUGGCAUACGGGAACAACGAGCAGAUAAUAGGUAUUCCGUCAUUUCGAUUAAGACAUUAAUGAGCAAGCGGCGAUGGAUGUAGUCAACAUAACUAUGUGUUCAGCACUUUUGAAAUGUACAGCGGCAGAAUGCAGAAGAUGGGCUGCUCUUACAGUAUUUUCCCUGUACACCAAGUCAGAACUGUAGGAUAAAUGAAGGGGGCAUAUAAGCAGACCAUGAAACCUCUUACAAUAUUAGAUGAUGACAUUUCUCAAAAAUAGGUUAUAGGCGACAUGUGCAGCACCACCGAAACAGAACAGUAGCGUUAGGCGAAAUUAGAGGUGAAAAUAGACCAAAUUAUUAGGGUGAUGAACAUGGGCUACUAACAGCUUACGACACAACAUACACUUAGUAUUACUUCCUUAGCUAUAGUAUACAUAGCUCCCUUGCAUAUUACAUCAUUUAUGCAGCAGCAUACAAAGAAUUUUUGGACUCAACUUGGCUUGUGAUGUGCUCACUUAAACAUGAAGGUGGCAUGGCGUUUUUGUCAUCAAACUUUGUCAUCAAAGUCUGGCAUUCUUUGGAUUUAUGGUGGGAAAUCACAGCCACUCCAUUGAAUAGCUGGCUACUGGUUGCGUUGCAAUGCUUGCAGUUAGGCACUGAUUCCUUCCAAACAACUCAUUGUUGAAUUUGAGAUUUCUAGCUUGUUGUGUAAUGUUUAUGUCCAAUGGCCGAUGAGCACCGAUACGUUUUAUCUAUAAUUACUCUUCAUUAUUUCUCUUCAUAUGACAAGGAUUAAAAAGGAUUUGCCAGUA